AUGGACGGUUAGAUACACCCCAAUAAUAAAAAUCAGUGGGGUACAAUUUAGAAGUUGGUACGGGAGUCUGGAAAAUGUCUGGAUGUGCUUUUUUCCGAUUUACUAGAGCCACUAGACUAUGAGCAGACGUCGGAAAGGGAAAGUACAGUGAGAGAAUGGGGAUGAUUUCAUUUCACAUGCAGCUCGUUUGGUAAUAAAUUCAAUGAUUUCUUCUGAAUGAGGCCUAAUUGGGUUGUAAUCGGUUAUGGGUGUACUGUUGUUCUCUCCAGCUCUGCCGUAGCCUAUCCAGUAUGCUGGAAUACUUUGUAUUGAUUGUAAUGGGUGGACUGGACUGAGGUUCUCUCCUGGGGUUCUCUCCUGGGGUUCUCUCCUGGCGUUCUCUCCUGGGGUUCUCUCCUGGGAUUCUCUCCUGGCGUUCUCUCCUGGGGUUCUCUCCUGGGGUUCUCUCCUGGCGUUCUCUCCUGGCGUUCUCUCCUGGGGUUCUCUCCUGGCGUUCUCUCCUGGGGUUCUCUCCUGGCGUUCUCUCCUAGGGUUCUCUCCUGGCGUUCUCUCCUGGGGUUCUCUCCUGGCGUUCUCUCCUGGGGUUCUCUCCUGGGUUUCUCUCCUGGGGUUCUCUCCUGGGGUCCUCUCCUGGCAUUCUCUCCUGGGGUUCUCUCCUGGCGUUCUCUCCUGGGGUUCUCUCCUGGGGUUCUCUCCUGGGGUUCUCUCCUGGCGUUCUCUCCUGGGGUUCUCUACCUAUUCAGUGUUUCCCAACUCCAGUCCUCUAGUACCCACAACAGUACACAUUUUUACUGUAGCCCUGGACAAACACACCUUGUUCUACUUGUCAACUAAUCAUCAAGCCCUCGAUGAGUUGAAUGAGAUGUGUUUGUCCAGGGGUACAACACAAAUGUGUACUGUUGGGGGUACUCCAGGACUGGAAUUGGGAAACACUGACCUAUAUGAUGGAAUACAGUGUUACCACUGACGAUGAUCAUUCUCUGACCUGUUUGUGUCUCAGCUACUCAGUCACUGGCCUGGCCUAGCCAUUGCAGUCUUGUUUGCUUAAGGUUUGUAUGGUCUACUCUUUAUACACCAGUUAUUCUCUCAUUGUGUGUGCAUGCGUGCAUACAUGAAUGCGUGCAUGUGUGUGCAUGCGUGUGUGUGUGUGUGUCAAUCUGUUUUAGUGUCUUUAACACUCAAGUAAAAUGUAUGCACGCAUGACUAAGUCGCUUUGGAUAAAAAUGUCUGCUAAAUGGCAUAUAUAUAUAUGCCAUGGCAUUGUUGAAUACUUGUUUCUGAUUGGCUUGAAGGGCAUUCAAGAGUGUGCAUUAUUUCCCUAUAACGCACAGUAUAUUUUCAAGGUAGAAUUCAAUGGCUAUAGUUCAUUCUUAAAUGUUCUAUGUUUGAGCUGCUUUUGAAAAGAAAAAGUCAGAAAUCAAAACAGUAUUGGCAUUGUUGAACUUGAUUUUCAUAAUAGCAAGCUAGGACUGAUGGUUUGGUUAGCUAAACUAGCAAGUCUAUUUGUUUGGUUACCCACGGUAACUACUGUAGCUAUCUAGUAAACUUGCUAGCUACUUCAGUGGAUGUUAAACACAUUUCUACUGGCAAAUGAACACAUUUCUAAUGGCAAAUGUGUUCAAUUAUAGCCAUGGUAUAAAAGGGAUAAUCAACUCGGGGAUCUAUGCGGCAUUCUCUGGAAAAUAAUGCAACUCUGUGGAAGGUCAUGGAACACACCUUCCACAUGGUUCAUUAUAUAUAUAUAUAUAUAUAUAUCAGCGUUUCCACUCACUCAGGUGAACAGAGCAGGAGAGUGGAGCUAUAGCACCCCCUUUUGGUCACAUAGCAUAUAGUCACUCCAUAGUUGUCAAGUGUUGAUAUUCAUAUCUCAUAUGCUUCAUUGGAGAUAUACAUGCACUUACAGUGUUGUUUCAGCAUUUAUGGUUCCAGUUCAACUUGUUUAGGUGCUUUGCCUUUUCUGCCCGUAUGUAUACUGGUAUGGGGUGGAGCGUUGGAGGUUCUUAGAAGCAGCUGUUGUGCCUAGCUCAGUGAGGGUUAACUUUUGGGGGAUACAGAGUGGUGGGAGGGUGGGGCACUAACCAUCAACUUGUCUCCUAGAUCAACACAGUAUGUGAUUUCAAACUAGUAAGCAACCUAUUUAUUUCCAUUACAGUUCCAGAUCAAAUUGAAGGCUACUGCCCAAGUGUAGUCCCAUACAGUAUUUGUUCCCUAUCAGCUACAGUAGCAGCACACCACUUGUGCCUGUGGUCUGUCUGUGCCACUCUCCAGCCCAUGUCAGAUUCCUGGGAUAACUUCACAGUGUUAAAAAAAGAAACUCAGAUACAACUCUCUAUCAACCCACCCACUCCCCCCUCCUCAAUGUUGAAAAAAGAGGAGGCAGCUCUCUACUCUGGUUGUGAUUGUCACUCACUUCAUUCUUGAUCGUGUGUUGGACAUCAGUGUUGCUGUCCUACAGUUAGACAGCAACUGCUAUUCUACUGAAAGAUUUGGAAUUAUAGUUGUUUAUGUUAUUACGUUUUUAUUUAGUGCUGCUUUAGGAUGCAGGAUGAAUGGGGGCUCUGUUGCACCCUGUGAAAAACCUGUCACCAUGUAUAACAGUUUCCGCUGUUACCGCACUAUUUCUCAGCACCUGAAAGACCUGAAGAAGGAGAACUUCAGCCUGAAGCUGCGGAUCUACUUCCUUGAGGAGAGGAUCCAGCAGAAGUACGAGGACAGCAGUGACGAUGUCCACAAGAGGGUGAGUCUCACUGGGGCACCGAGGGACAGGGGAGAGGGGGUAGGAACAGCGACGAUGUCCACAAGAGGGUGAGUCCUACUGCGGCACGAAGGGGUGGAGGAGAGGGGUGCAGGAGGGGAUAGGGGAAAGGAGUUGGGAAGGGGAAACUUUGCAGGGGGGAAUGGUCAUUUGUUGCAAUUUUACAAUUGCAUUGGCUGUGUCACGGUUUCAUGUGCUGCUUCUGUUGUGUGUGUGUGUGUGUGUGUGUGACAGAGAAAGCGGGUGAUAGAGUUUUGGUGUUUGGUCUAUGCUGUAUGCUCUAGGUUCAUCAUACAUGAAAAUGCAUAGGCUAUUUAACUCCAGAUGAUGGAGUCAUGCUAGUCACAUCGUUGAAUGAAUGAAUGCAUGAAUGAAUGAAUGAAUACUGUAAUCAUGGUUAACAGUAAAAUCCCAGGCCCCAAGUAUAUCCUAUGGUAGUUUGCAGUACAUACUUUAGUUUGUAGCUGUCUUCCUGUUGAUUGUUUAUGCUGCAGAUCCCAGCAUAUAAUGAUAACUACAUCUGAAAGCAGGUCUCAGACCUGUCUCUGAGUGUUAACAGACCCUGUCAAUCACACAGCCCUGUCAGUAGAGGACUGAUCUGAGCUCAGAUAGUAAACACAGAGCAAGGGCUAAUAGAAAGAGAUUAGAGUUAAUAUACAGUACCAGUCAAAAGUUUGGACACACCUACUCAUUCAAGUGUUUUUCUUUAUUUUUACUAUUUUCAACAUUGUAGAAUAAUAGUGAAGACAUCAAUCUAUGAAAUAACACAUAUGGAAUCAUGUAGUAACCAAAAAAGUGUUAAACAAAUCAAAAUAUAUUUUAUAUUUGACAUUCUUCAAAGUAGCCACCCUUUGCCAUGAUGACAGCAUUGCACACUCUUUGCAUUCUCUCACCCAGCUUCACCUGGAAUGCUUUUCCAACAGUCUUGAAAGACUUCCCACAUAUGCUGAGCACUUGUUGGCUGCUUUUCCUUCACUCUGCGGUCCAACUCAUCCCAAACCAUCUCAAUUGGGUUGAGGUCGGGUGAUUGUGGAGGCCAGGUAAUCUGAUGCAGCACUCCAUCACUCUCCUUCUUGGUCAAAUAGCCCUUACACAGCCUGGAGGUGUGUUGGGUCAUUGUCUUGUUGAAAAAGAAAUGAAAGUCCCACUACGCGCAAACCAGAUGGGAUGGCGUAUCGCUGCAUAAUGCUGUGGUAGCCAUGAUGGUUAAGUGUGCCUUGAAUUCUAAAUAAAUCACAGACAGUGUCAUCAGAAAAGCACCCCCACACCAUCACACUUCCUCCUCCAUGCUUCACGGUGGGAACCACACAUGCGGAGAUCAUCCGUUCACCUACUCUGAGUCUCACAAAGACACUGCGGUUGGAACCAAAAAUCUCAGCCGAGGUAACUCUGGGUCUUCUUUUCCUGUGGCGGUCCUGAUGAGAGCCAGUUUCAUCAUAUAUGGCGCUUGAUGAUUUUUGAGACUGCACUUGAAGAAACUAUCUUUAUAUCUUAAAGUAAUGAUGGACUGUCGUUUCUCUUUGCUUAUUUGAGCUGUUCUUGCCAUAAUAUGGACUUGGUCUUUUACCAAAUAGGGCUAUCUUCUGUAUACCAACCCUACCCUGUCACAACACAACUGAUUGGCUCAAACGCAUUAAGAAGGAAAGAAAUUCCAGAAAUUAACUUUUAACAAGGCACACCUGUUAAUUGAAAUGCACCCCAGGUGACUACCUCAUGAAGCUGGUUGAAAUAAUGCCAAGAGUGUGCAAAGCUGUCAUCAGGUCAAAUGGUGGCUACUUUGAAUAAUCUCAUAUAUAUAAUAUAUUUUGAUUUGUUUAACACUUUUUUGGUUACUACAUGAUACCAUGUGUUAUUUCAUAGUUUUGAUGUCUUCACUAAUUUCUACAAUGAAGAAAACAGUAAAAAUAAAGAAUAACCCUGGAAUGAGUAGGUGUGUCCAAACUUUUGACUGGAACUGUAAUUACUGGGAAAGUGAUACAUAGUGUCAAAAUGCAAAGUUUUACAUUAGAUAUCCUGGGCCCAAAGUUAUAUUGUUCUGCAUGUUGUCAAAACAGAGCUGCAACAUUGGUCAGUUAUCCUAGAAGGCUGACUGAUAGGUAAUGUGGUUAAUAACUCUUGAGCUGACAGCCUUGGAGCGAUUUUUGCCUAUUUUUGCAAUGAAGAAUAGACUAGUAAAGCCUUAUAUCCAAAAGAGCUGUAGAAUACAGUGGACUGGUCCAUAUUUGUGUGAGACUUACUGAAUUGGCACAGCACAGGCUCAAAUACAUCAUACACAUCUGUUUUCUUUUAUAUAAAUCUUGAGUAUCAGAUAAAUGUUUUUAUCAAUUAUUCAGGUGAAUGAAUAAGGCUUUUUACCCUUUGUAUCCUUUCCUAAUAUUGUUUCAAACAGGUUUUCAAAUGAGAUUACAUUUGGUAUAAUUUUUUCAAAAUAAAUAAACAUCUCAUUCUGUGGCACAAGUCCCGUGAAUUUCACUGUAGCAUUGGCCAUAUCUGUCAGACACGGACAAACAAUACACCAAAACUCAUAAAGGCGCAGGCGCUUAUUUUGGUACAACUGUGUCCAUAUCAGACAAACAAAUAAUGCAUAUUUAAUGAACAUUUCUUGUUCUUGUUUACCUUUUAAUGGGUCUGGGGUGAUGUCAAGUCCUACAGAGACAAAAUACAGGUUUUUGGAUUCUCUCGAUCGAGAUCAAAAUAAUAAUAACUUGCAUUUCGCUCUACAUAACACUACUGAUGGGACGAUUGAUACCAGAGCUAUGAUGCAGUUUUCAAAGCACUACUGAUCCGACACAAUGUACCUAUGCUCGUUUCAAAGUAACAUUAUCACGUGAUCAAUGACGUCCGAUGCUUCGUUUGAUGACGCGGUUUUACAAACCGUGUUUUGCAAAAAGCGACAUCCCACUGAUUUCGCCGUGGUUCCGGUGCUUUCUUCUGAUCAAAGCUGCUUUUAAACACUGACCUCUACUGGACACAAUACUUACAAUGUAGUUAGGAUUUUUCCUGUAGCGUCACCUGAAUGGUAGCUCAGCAGGUAGAGUCGGGGUCUCAGGGACCAGAGCACAGACGACAGGGAAUGGGGGCGAAGGCAGAUUAUGUUGAAAAUCGUUUUAUGUGACACCACACUUUCUGCACAUUUUUGUUUAAGCAAUUCGUUUUAUUGAGUAAAGUAUAAGCUUCUGUCUUAAGCAUCCUAAAUAAUGCCAUAGAUUCCGUUUUUGACAGCAAAAAAAGGGAUUCACAGCAAAAAAGGGAAGCAUGAUGGAAGGUGCAAACCUGCAAUGGUAGCUGAUUGUAUGCUACGAAGACUUGCGAAUAACCGCUGCACCUUGGAGAGUGGAUGAAUAGUGUGAAAAAACUUAGAUAUAAACAUCAAACGCUGCUUUUCAUUGCUGACCAGCAGAUUUCACUCAUGUGCAUUGAGUUAAAAGCUCUGAGUAAAUAACCGUUUUUCGGCACAAUUUAGUGAAAGCCCCAAAGGCUUCAGAAAGCCUUGAUUUUCCAUCACUACCUAACACGCAAGUCAGUCUUCUUCUUAGAUUAGAGGUGCAUGCCAUUACGGAAAGGGGAAAAAUAACAUUAAUACACAAUAACUACAAAAAUAUAAUACUAAUUAUCAACUAAAAUCUUCCCACUCCUUCAGUCAUUCGGUAAUUCAAACUUCCCUAAUCAGGCUCUGGGGCCUGAGAGGUUGGGACUGCUCAAGACAGUACUCCAAAUAGCUCUUCAGAUGUGAAAUCUUUUAAUCCCAGCUGCAGAUACAAUGAUGUCGAUUUUUCUUAUUUUCCACUUGAGCAGUACCGUGUUCCACCAUUGCUGUAAAAGAGACUAAAUCCACCUUCUUUAUAUCAAGCAUUUCUGGAUCCUGUUAGCAAUACUCAUGCUGCAGUGUAGGCCUACUGGUAUUCACUACCAUGGGACCUUCAGAGAUACUCAAUCUUUCUACCCUUUUGACACCUUCCACAUAGGAGACUCUCUGAACUGCUCAGGUUUUGGCAAUCUCAGUCUCUUUCACCCUAAUCGGGCAUUCCAAGGACUUCACUUCAUGGUCUCCAUUACAGUUACAGCACUUUGCUCCUUUGCCGUUUUCUUCUGCUACACAUUCACCUUCAUAGUGGUUUUCCCCACAUAUCCCACACCUUGGCUUCUCCCUUCGGCAGACAAUACAUUGCAAAGGCCUGUAUAUAAAUGCUCUGAUAGGUUAGUAUACAUAUCCCAGCUGCACUCUGGUAGGGAGAAACUCCACAUAAAAAAAACACAAGAACAGACAAACUCUUCUCCUUCAUGCCUUUUACCACACGAUUCAUCCUUCGUUCAUCGACCACUCCAGGUAUAUUCUUUAAUAGAGCAAUGGCGACUUCUUUCAAAACUCCAGAAAUGACUCCCUUGACAGGUGCCCUUCUCCGUAGAUCAGGGAUGGACAACUGUCACACACCCCUUUUGUAGGCCUGUGGAUCAAUUUACCCACUAUGAAAGAGAGUUAGAAUAGUAGAAUACACAAGGUGCAAUUUCGAAAUUUGGUUGUGCAUCAGCAGUUUUUAUCUUGUUAUGUCAGUUACAGACAGUAACUCAAUUAGCCCAUGUCAGCUAAAAAUUUUUUGAUUGGUAAGUUAGUCUAGCCAGCUAUCUAAACUUGUAGUAAUCAUGGUUGAAAUACCGACUGGGGGGCCUCCAUUGAUUUUGUUGAUUUUGUCAUUCUCACUCAGAUAUCAUAUUAAAAACUGCAAACAUCUCUCCACCCUAUGGGAUAAUGUAUAGAAUUGCAGGAAAGAUGAGCUGUAAGCACUAAUUGCUCAGCACUACCGAUUUCACUUUACCUAAAGAUUUCUUCAACAAAUUUUUAACGGAUUCACCAAGUCAGGCAUAUAUCUUUUUUCUGUAUACCGUACUCCUACCAGAUACGAUGGGGGUAUUAUCAAGACUAGCCGCAUUCUUUUCCGCACCAAUUUUGCUUAUUUUCCCAUUCUUUUGGACAUUAGUCCAUUCGUCCUUGUUUCCACCACCAUCAGAUUUUUGUUCACCAUCCGCUUCCGCCAUCGUCCGCGUCCAUCCACCUCCCAUAGUCCUCCACUCGGGAAACCGUCAUGACUCCAGAAGUCCGUCUUCUUCUUCUUCUUUGAGAUUGUGUUGGCGGAUCACAUCCAACUUUUAAGGUGCAUACACCGCCACCUACUGUACUAAAGUGUGAGGCCAGACACGGCCUACCUAUAUUACUCAUGUUCCUCUAAGAAAGUGAAAUAGAGCCCUAGACACCACUUCCCUCCCAUUUCCUCCCCCCACUACACCACCCAAACCCCAACCCCAUACAACCUCUCUAACCCUAUCACACAAUCUCUCCCUAUCUACGUCAUACAGUUCACAAAAUAUUAACACAUGCUCCACCGUUUCCUCCACUAAACACUCAUCACACAGUUUCAUGUCUCCCCAUCAUCCACAAUGUGACAUUCUAACCUGUGUGCCCAAACCGUAGUCUACUCCACACAACUUCCUCUCUCCUACAUCCCAUACUCCUCACCUCUUCCUUAACUGACCGGUGCACAUGGUAACAUUGCCUCCCCUUACUACUAGUAUCCCACUCCCUUUGCCAAAGAUCGAGCCCUUUUGCCAGGAUCAAGGACUUGACUUCCCUUCCCAGCGGGACCUGAAUAUCUACCCCCUCUACCCUCCACACCCACAUUGGCGGGAACCCAGCAAAAGCUUACCACCACUCCCAUCCUCUCCAAUCCCAUUAACAGCUCCAUCAUCUCCACAAACAAGUCUCCCCUAUCCGACCUGCCCGUCUUCACACUACUCCACACUGCAGCCGAAUCAGAGCAGAUCACCACUCUGAGUGGUUUCACCUCCUCCACCCAUCUCAAACCUAUAAUCAUGGCCAUCAUCUUGGCCGCAUACACUGGCACAUAAUCAGUUAACUGCUUACAUACUCUAACAUUGAAAUCUGGGAUAUAAACCCCUGCCCCCACCCUACCACUGACUGGAUCCUUUGAACCAUCUGUAUAUAUCAUUAAAAACAAAUAAAACUGAUUAUCUAUAUAUCUCUCCACACACUGUCUCACGUCCUCACCCCAUUCUCUCUUACCCUCAAUCAUAUCCACAUCUACACUUGGUUUCGGAAACAGCCACGAAGGAACGUUCCCCAUGGCAAUUGCCGGCCCUAUCUCUCUCUCCCCCAGUCCAUAUUCUACCACCUUCUGCCCAACUGUCCACCCGUACGCCCUCUGCUUACCCCCUCCUCGCUUCCAGCAUUCCCCAGUUGCCGUGACCGCAGGAUGUUCUUUGUGAACUCCCUUUCAACUUCGCCCAGCACGCUAAUGCAAGUUUGUCCCGCCUUUUCCUCAGUGGCAGUUCCCCACAAUCCACAUGCAAUGCCUCAACAGUUGUUGUCCUGAAGGCACACGCACACAAUCUCAGGGCCCUUGACUGUAUUCUAUCCAGGCGCUGUAGUACCGCUUUGGCUGCCGAUCCAUAUACAAAGCACCCAUAAUCCAAAGAUGACCUGAUCAAUGCCUGAUACGGUACAUAUACAACAGUGUUUGUCUAUCCGACCCCCAAUCAUAUCCUGCCACUGCCCUCAUGAGGUUCAACACCUUCCUAAACUUAAUUUGUCAAACCACAUAUCUAAAUACUUAAACUCAGACACUCUACCUAUAUCUUGACCGUAUAUUUUCAGCCUAAUAUCUUGAACCUUCCUCCUAGAAAACACCAUAAAGCAGGACUUGGCCACAUACAUCCUAGACCCCCAUGUUAGAGACCAAUCUUCCACAACUCCCACAGCUUCUUGCAUCUUCCUCAUCACAUAUUUCACAUUCCCACCUCUCUUCCAUACAGCCCCAUCAUCGGCAUACAAGGCCACACCCACUCCCUGUCCCACCUCCUUAAAUAUGUAAUCUAUCAUCAGGGUGAACAACACCGGACUAACCACACUUCCCUGAAGAGUAUCAUUGUCCACUUCGAACCACAUUGACAAUUCUGACCCCACCCUCACCCGUAUGACUCGAUCGAACAGGAAGUCCAUGAUCCAGUUAUACAGACGUCCCCCAAUGCCCAAUGCACUCAACUUGAUCAACAACCCUUCCCUCCACAUGGUAUCGUAAGCUUUCUCAAUGACAAAAUACACAACACUCAUCAACUAUUUUAUUGUCAGGGACUCGGCUAUCUCUGUACUAACUGUCACCAGGGCAUCCAUGGCAGACCUCCCUCUCCUGAACCCACUCUGUGCUACGCUCAUCAAACCCCCAACUUCCAAGAAAUGCAUCAUCCUACUCACUAUCAUCCUUUCCAUCAACUUACACAUGUUGGAUGUCAGCGCGUGUUUUUUUUUUUCCCCAUACGGUCAUAGGAAAAUAGACUUAAGACAGCCUACCCUCAUUCAAGGGCAGCCCUCUCUGACCCCCGUGGAACGAAUCACAAACAUGGCUAUGAACUAUAAACUUCUUCAUAAUUAUCAGUAUUACAAAUGACCUUCAAAUCAGUAUUACAAAUGACCUUAAAUUCUCUCAGCUUUCCAGUGAGGGUGAUCAAACCACACUAGAAAGUCAGGACAGAGGUCAGAGGUCAUUCAAACCCUUCAAAGAAGUGUUUCAUUCUAUAGUAGACUAAUAAUUUCAAAACAGUCCAACAUUUCAUACAUUUCAUAUCCCAGGUGUACAGUAAGUCUUCAGUACAGUUCUUGUCAAAAUAAAUCACGUGUUUAAUUAAAACUCAGAAAAGAAAAACAUCAGAAAAUUCUGUGUGUGUGCCCCUUUAAGGUGCGGUCUGUCUAACCCGUGAAAAACCCACAAAACCCACAUGUUCAUAACAAGUGUGUUGUUUGUGGGUAUUUGCAAACCAUAUGGCAAAAACAAACAAACAUGGCCAGGCCUUGUUUAAUUUGGUAGCUCCCUUUACGGCCGAAUCCAGAUACCUUUAUACUUAAUAAAACAGCCGAAUUUCACUAACUGCUCUCCUCAAGACCACAGACUCAGGAAACAUUUCAAAGAGAGAGAUAAUGACACCCUCCUCUCCUGGAAGAGAAAGUUUACAUUUCGUUAACAUUCACUACAGCACAUCUUAAUCAGCAACCCAAACGUUUUAAUUACAAACAAAACAUGAUGAAGAUAAUUCCACUGUACUCCCUCAAAUCAUUAAUUGUUUGUUUCAAUCUAAUUCCUAGUGACUACUCCAGAAUAAGACAACAUAAAAUCUGUCACGAGAUGAAAACACCCAAGGUUAUCUGAGUUUGUAAGGAGUAUUUUUAAUUGAUUACCCUUUAGAUUCCAUUGUCUUUAAUUCUCGCAAGGAUUAUCCAACCCCAAAAUCGGCUCCAUUUGCUCCCAUGUCAAAUUAUCCUGGUAUCGUUACUGGAUCAAUGUCCAACGACACAUUUAACUUAGUCAUACCACUACACCGAACUGAACCCAUUAUGUCCCUUACAGCCCACUGUAGUACAGCGAGCCCCAGUCGCUAACACCCGCAGACCAAAACAUGGAAACUCUUCUAUUCUUACUAGUAGAAAAUAAUAAACCAUUCUCAAACGUUCUGCGUUUACCUCUAUCAUAAGGUUAAAAAAACUAACUUGACAACUGUCACAAUACUAGAUUGCUGUUGUAGCCUUGUAUUAUCAUGCAAUAAUUAACACCCAUAUCCAGCUAUCAACCAUGAUCAUGGUCACAGCUCUAUCGCAAUUGCCUAUCCGCUAUUAAUAGAAUGCAUUAGAUAUAGGUAACAUUCCCUUCUGAGUAGACUACAGGUAAUAAAACAAACACUGACUGUUGUUGACAAGCAUAUAUUCAAUACAUAUCCAUAUUAAAUUCAGUAUUUUAAAAUACAACCCCAUUCUCAGUAGGUUCCUCCCGUAAACCAUUAGGCAACACACAAAUAUUACCUCGGAAUCGUUGCGCUAUUCAUAAAUUAGUCUUUAAAUUUCAACUAAGCAAACUGCUAAAUUGUUCAGUUUACAUCUUAAAACAAACAUUGGCUGCUGUAUAUAGCUAAGCAACCCAUGACCAGCAUCGCUUAUUACCUUAUUAAUACGUUUUGAAUAAAGUAAUAUCCUGAUUGGUGAUUGACCCUGUCUCUCCUCAUUAUUGAUUAGAAUUUCCACUACAUUUGGCGACGAAGAUGGGAGGUGAAACUUCACCUGGUGACCGCUCCUGAAGGCCUGGGUAAACCGUGCACGGGAGAUUCCAAAUUGGGUUCUCAGGUUAGCCGCACUUGAAAGGAGCAGCUGGACCCGCCUAAGAUCUGAGAGGAAGCAGGCACGGGUGGAUACCACAUUCCGAACUAUUCUCAACCAACUUCACCUGGAAUGCUUUUCCAACAGUCUUGAAGGAGUUCCCACAUAUGCUGAGCAUUCCGUAUUGACUGACCUUCAUGUCAUAAAGUAAUGAUGGACUGUCGUUUCGCUUAGCUUAUUUUUUUGCCAUAAUAUGGACUUGGUAUUUUACCAAAUAGGGCUAUCUUCUGUAUACCCCCCCCCCCCCCCCCCCCCCCCCCCCACAUUGUCACAACACAACUGAUUGGCUCAAACGCAUUAAGAAGGAAAUAAAUUCCACAAAUUAACUUUUAAGAAGGCACACCUGUUAAUUGAAAUGCAUUCCAGGUGACUACUGGUUGAGAGAAUGCCAAGAGUGUGCAAAGCUGUCAUCAAGGCAAAGGGUGGCUAUUUGAAGAAUCUAAAAUCUCAAAUACAGUUUGAUUUGUUUAACACUUUUUUGGUUACUACAUGAUUCCAUAUGUGUUAUUUCAUAGUUUUGAUGUCUUCACUAUUAUUCUACAAUGUAGAAAAUAGUAAAAAUAAAGAAAAACCCUUCAAUGAGUAGGUGUUCUAAAACUUUUGACCGGUAGUGUAAAAUAAAAGAUACAACUACAAGAUAGAAUAACAAUAUACAAUAACAAGUACAUUACGUUGGAACAUCACAAACAUCACAGCCAUCAUAAACAAAUGAUUAAAGUCAAUCAAUCAAAACAGUUGCACAACUCUGUGAACUCAUCAUCAGGGUUCUAAACUUCCCAAGUGGCACCAGGGAAUCUAAAUGUAAUGAAUUUUGUAAGUGAUUCCAAACAUGUGGAGCGUUAAAACUAAAAGCGGAUUUACCUACUUCGGUGGCGACCUGAGGAAUCUCAAGAGUUAACCAACCCUGUGAACGGGUCUGGUAUCUCAUGUUUUUAUACUUUAACAACUAAAUUAGGUAAGUCGGAAGCUUGUAUAGUAGAGCUUUGUAAACAAAAAGGGAGUAACAAAGUGAUCUACGGGACUUUAAUGAGGACCAGCCAACCUUUUGAUACAUAAUGCAGUGAUGCGUAUUCAAACUAUCACCUGUGAUAAAGCGAAGGGCGCUAUGGGAGACUGCAUCCAAAGGUUUAAGAAUAGCGACAUGUUAGAACCAUAUCGCCAUGAAUAGCAGCAUUUGGCAUGUACAGUAAAAUAUGCAAAAACAGAAUUAACACAAGUAACAUGUCUCUGCCCCCAUACUACUGCAGCAUAAGUAAUAAUAGGUAGCACCAAUGAAUCAAACAGUUUUAUGAAAUAUUUAAAAGGUAGGCUACGAAUGACUUUACACUUUGCAAUGAUGGCACCAAGGACACAAUUUGCAUGGUUAGGUAUGUACUUACACUAGCAGGCUAUACAUUACAUCAGCGCUCAGGCUCUGCGCUUCACAGCGCUGUAUGGGUUUUGACUGGCAGCCAUUUUGAACAUGAGCACCGCACGCGACAAGGAGUUGGUCACUUCACAUUUGGUCACUUCACAUUUCCAUGUCAUAAAACUCAUGUCAUAUACAGUGUCAACGUUUAUGACCACUAUGUUUGAUGUACCGUUACAAGAUGACAUGGCGUCAUACCCUGGGUUGUUCUGAACAGAAUGAGCCUAUGUUUGUUUAUUGUGAAGAGAAUCCGCUGCGAACAUGCACCUAAAUGCACGCCUGACUCCUUUCUAUGCACACCUAAAUUAAGACCUGUUUCUCUAAAUUGCCCUGUGAAAACCUUCCACUGUAAGAUCGUAUUUUAUAAUUUAGCUAGUCAUGUUGGCAAUAGAUCAAGCUUUCAAUUGAUGCCCACCUACCCAGAUUGCGAUUUAUAAUGGGAGGUUUUUGGAUUGCGUAAAACAACAACAGUAAGUGUGCUUGCUCUAGUUCCUCAACGCCACAGGUGGGAGAGCUCAAAAAAGCACCUUAUAGUUGAAGACUCUUCUUUGAGUCAUAAAAGUGCACAGAAAUGAUUUAGGGAUCCAGAGUAUUUUUAGAUUUUGUUAUCAACAAAUGCGGCGAAAAGUACAGUAAAUGUAAAAUGCACAUAAAAUCAACAGUGUAAUGUUUGGAUUCAGUCUUGUAUCAGGUGAUCUGUUGUGUUCUCAACUUUGGUCUGAUAAUUUCCCCAUGAUCUCCAAAGUGUUCCCUUUAAAUUGCUACCAAGCGUAUGCAUUUCAUAUUCUUCUGUAAAAAACAUUUCAAUUUAGCCUUAUCCAUAUAGGCCAAUACCCACAAAUAUACAGGGUUAACAGACACAUUGUAAUCCCAAAAUGCAUUAAUAAUCAUCAACCCCAAAUACUUGUACUCACUGACAACAUCAGGAGAAAAUAUAAGGUGAACUAGGCACUGCUGAGCUCCUAUACCUUAGCUCCUAUACCUCCUCCUACCUUAGUUUUGUCUACAUUGAUAUUCAGUUUUCAUUGUUCACCCCAGUUAAAAACUAUAUUUAAAAUCUUCAGGUUCAGAGAUCAAUACAAUGUCAUCUGCAUAUCAAAUAAUUGUUUAGACAGACACCUUUUCCUAGAGCUUUGUUGACCAGAGUGAGAUCAUUAAUAUACAGUGAGAACAGAAUAGGUGAUACAAUUCAACCCUGUUUCACUCUAAUGUCAAUGGGAAACCAGUCAGUUAGGCAGCCAUUGACUCGAACACAACAUUUCACAUUAUCAUACAUGGAGAUAAGCCAUUUCAGGAUGUUACCAUUUAGACCAAUUGGCUCCAACUUGUACCAUAACAUAUUUAUGUAAAUGUGGUCAAAGGCUUUAGAGAAAUCUAUGAAAGAACAGAAAGUGGACUUUUAAAUGUUUUUCCCUUGAAUCUAUGAUUGUGGUUAAGGUGGUGAUGUGGUCCAGGCAGCUUCAUUUCUUUCUGAACCCAUUUUGCUCAUCUGCUCUGAUAUUGUUGGUUUUAUCUCAGUGGGAAAUGCAGUUAAACAGAAAACAAAAAAAUAGUUUAUUCACAGCAGAGGUCAGGGUUAUACCACGAUAGUUCAAUGGGACCCUUUUGUCUCCUGACUUGGGCAUAGGGUUGAUGAAGCCGUAUUUCCACAUAUCCAGAACAAAGCAAUAACCAAAGAGCUUGUACAGUCAUUCAAUGCUGCUUCACAUACAUUACUUGUCAUCAAAUGUUCUGGAAUACUGGACAGGUUGAAUUUGGUGAUGGUAGCACCCUCCAUGUCUCACUGGUCAUUGGGAUGGGGGGGAGUGAAUGCUGGAACUGGGAGAGCCAUGGAGCAUGUGGGACACGGAUGGUCCGGGAUCACUCUUGGUGGAUCAAUGGCAGACACACAGCCUGCCUGGGUGAAGAGGUCCCUGCUCAUAAUCACAGCAAAGUCACUGAACCAGUCUAAAUUCUCAUGGGGGAGCAGUAUAUAAUCCACAACAUAUUGCCCCUUUGAUGAUACACAUGUGAAGUCAUUGUUGCUGUAAUUCCUUCCAUUUAAAAUGCAACAGUUUGCACUAAUCAGGAACUCUCCGUGAGAGUUGUGUGAGUAAUCCACCAUGUUCCGUUCUCCAAUCAGUCCACUCCCUCAAUAUAGUCCUGGGCAUCAGCACAGAGGCUAUUAAAGUUGCCCAAUGUGAGAAAAGGGACAAACUUCUCAUACUUGUAUACAUGACAGAGUAAACUCUCAUAAAAGUCUGGUGCAUCAACAUAUUAUUUAAACAUUUUAGUCAUUUAGCAGACGCUUUUACCCCAAGCAAUUAGGGUUAAGUGCCUUGCGCAAGGGCACAUUGACAGAUUUUUCACCUAGUCGGCUCAGGGAUUCGGACCAGCGGCCUUUCGGUUACUAGCCCAACAUUCUUAACCGCUAGGCUACCUGACGCCCUGAAGACGUGGUUUGACUGGAGAUGUUGUUUAGCUGUUAGUUUAACCCAUAGGAUGCCAUCCACUGAGUCAUCAAUAAUCUCACACUGAUAAUCCAAACGCAGUUGGUCUCUGUUGAAAAGGCCUACGCCCCCUGAACCAGUAUCCCUGAUAUUGGAAGGUUGUGAGUUCGAUCCCUGGCCGAGUCAUACCAAAGACUUAAAAAAUGGGACCUGAUGCGUCUCUGCUUGGCUGCGAUAUGUAACUUUUUAGGCGACCCAACCAAAUUCACAUAGAAAUGUGAGUUAAAGAUCUGUCAUUCUCAUUGAAAGCAAGUCUAAGAAGCUGUAGAUCUGUUCUAUGUGCGCUAUUUCUAUGCUUCCCGUUCUUAAAGUUUCGUUUUUGUAUCUUUUACAUUCAGUUUUGUACACCAGCUUCUUACAGCUGAAAAUACAAUAUUUUUGGUUAUGGAAAAUAUAUUUCACAGCGGUUUAGAUGGUACAAUGAUUCUCUAUACUAUACUAGCUUUUUUUGUCACAUAAACUGAAAUUAGGCAAACUAUUAGAAUUUUAGCAACCAGGAAAAGGCGGAGCGAUUUCUGCAUAGUGCAGCUUUAAGGAGCUAGAUUGGGGGUAAGGCCCUGCGAUAGACUAGUGUCCUAUCCAGGAGGUGUACUUGUACAUCAAGCUGCCUCACGCUAUAUAAACAGAAGAUAGGCUCCUGCCCUAUGAGCUGUUCCGGCUCGCACAAGCCAAGGCUCGUGCAACGCUACUACUAUCUAUCCCCAUCCACAACGACCUAGCAAGCCGAGAGCCGCUCCCGAGUGGCGCAGCGGUCUAAUGCUUGAGGCGUCACUACAGACCCCCUGGUUCGAUUCCAGGCUGUAUCACAACCGGCCGUGAUUGGGAGUCCCAUAGGGCGGCGCACAAUUGGCCCAGCGUGGUCCGGAAAAUGUGACACAUCACUCCCUAUGCAAAUGUAGGAUCUGAAACCUUACACUUCAAGUCAGCUCCACUUAGAGAGUGGAAAGGAGAGCAGACAGAUGGGGCUUUUUGGCAUUAUAAGGCAUGGGACCCUACGGCGUUCGCAGAGCGCAUUGUACACCAAAAUGCUCCAAGCUAGAAUCUUUAGUUGCUAUAUCAAUUUUUGGACUUAUAAAUUAAUGAUAUACUGUAUACCCAUUGAUUCUCGAAGAAUACAAUGUAUAAAUGUAUUUUGAAAUACUGUAGAAUUCCAUUCAUUCUUAUGGAGGACUGCUCCUUCUGAGGAGUACCAAUAUUGCUGACCGGUGGAUUCAAAGCUUCUCAUUGGCCAAUACAUAGCAUCAGAAAGCUAGUGUUUAUAUACAGUUGAAGUUGGAAGUUUACAUACACUUAGGUUGGAGUCAUUAAAACUCGUUUUUCAACCACUCCGCAAAUUUCUUGUUAACAAACUAUAGUUUUGGCAAGUCGGUUAGGACAUCUAUUUUGUGCAUGACACAAGUAAUUUUUCCAACAAUUGUUUACAGACAGAUUAUUUCACUUAUAAUUCACUGUAUCACAAUUCCAGUGGGUCAGAAGGUUACAUACACUCGUUGACUGUGCCUUUAAACAGCUUGGGAAAUUCCAGAAAAUGAUGUCAUGGCUUUAGAAGCUUCUGAUAGGCUAAUUGACAUAAUUUGAGUCUGUACCUGUGGAUGUAUUUCAAGGCCUACCUUCAUACUCAGUGCCUCUUUGCUUGACAUCAUGGGAAAAUUUAAAGAAAUCAGCCAAGAUCUCAUAAAAAAAAUUGUAGACCUCCACAAGUCUGGUUCAUCCUUGGGAGCAAUUUCCAAAUGCCUGAAGGUACCACGUUCAUCUGUACAAACAAUAGUACGUAAGUAUAAACACCAUGGGACCACGCAUCCGUCAUACCACUCAGGAUGGAGACGCGUUCUGUCUGCUAGAGAUGAACGUACUUUGGUGCGUAAAGUGCAAAUCAAUCCCAGAACAACAGCAAAGGACCUUGUGAAGACGCUGAAGGAAACAGGUACCAAAGUAUCUAUAUCCACAGUAAAACAAGUCCUAUAUCGACAUAACCUGAAAGGCCGCUCAGCAAGGAAGAAGCCACUGCUCCAAAACCACCAUAAAAAAGCCAGACUAUGGUUUGCAACUGCAAAUGGGGACAAAGAUUGUACUUUUUGGAGAAAUGUCCUCUGGUCUGAUGAAACAAAAAUAGAACUGUUUGGCCAUAAUGACCAUCGUUAUGUUUGGAGGAAAAAGGGGGUGUCUUGCAAGCCGAAGAACACCAUCCCAACCGUGAAGCACGGGGGUGGCAGCAUCAUGCUGUGGAGGUGCUUUGCUGCAGGAGGGACUGGUGCACUUCACAAAAUAGAAUGCAUCAUGAGGAAGGAAAAUUAUGUGGAUAUAUUGAAGCAACAUCUCAAGACAUCAGUCAAGAAGUUAAAGUUUGGUCGCAAAUGGGUCUUCCAAAUGGACAAUGACCCCAAGCAUAAUUCCAAAGUUGUGGCAAAAUGGUUUAAGGACAACAAAGUCAAGGUAUUGGAGUGGCCAUCACAAAGCCCUGACCUCAAUCCUAUAGAACAUUUGUGAGCAGAACUGAAAAAGCGUGUGCGAGCAAGGAGGCCUACAAACCUGACUCAGUUACACCAUUUCUGUCAGGAGGAAUGGGCCAAAAUUCACCCAACUUAUUGUGGGAAGCUUGUGGAAGGCUACCUGAAAUGUUUGACCCAAGUUAAACAAUUUAAAGGCAAUGCUACCAAAUACUAAUUGAGUGUAUGUAAACUUCUGACCCACUGGGAAUGUGAUGAAAGAAAUAAAAGCUGAAAUAAAUCUCUCUCUACAAUUAUUCUGACAUUUCACAUUCUUAAAAUAAAGUGGUGAUCCAAACUGACCUAAUAAAGGGAAUUUUUACUAGGAUUAAAUGUCAGUAAUUGUGAAAAACUGAGUUUAAAUGUAUUUCGCUAAGGUGUAUGUAAACUUCCGACUUCAACUGUACAUCAUUGGUGCUCACAUUGCCCCUAGCAGACGCUAUUGAAGGCAUCUCCCGACGUCCUGGGGACCUGGACAAAUGUUAAAUCCUGAAGUCUAUCUGAUGUGAUCUUGCUGAAUAGUUAUAGGCUCACUCCCUACUGACCUAAAUAAUAAUGUUGUCUGGAAAGAACUCCGGCUUCAGGCACCUUAAUAGAAUCACAACCAACAACCACGAUAGCAGGAUAGGGAGGAACAUUGUGUGUGUGUGUACGUGUGUAUGCGUGUUUGUGUGUGUGUGUGUGUGAGAGAGAGAGAGAGCUUGUGAAUGUGUGCGUGGCUUUGUGUGUAUGUGUAUGUAUGCGUAUACACUUUACAGAAUAACAGGUUGGCAAUUCAACAUGUCUUUGUUACUGUACAUCCAAACACACUCUAAUAAGCCCACAUGAGUAUGCCCAUAUUCAGCCAUUAACUGACUGUUUCUGCCCUGCUCCAGUGUCUGGAGUUAUAACUGUCCCUGUUGCUGUGGGCUGGGGCAGUGGAAGGAGGAGAGGGGGCUGAAGGGGGUGGAUGGGGGGUUGGGGAGACUGAACUAGUGUUCAUUUCCCUGUCUUCUAUUUAGAAACCUGCUUCACUCUCAAAUACCACAGAUAUGGGUCGGCACAUGUACUUGGGGAGACACUCAUUUUGUAAACUGUAUUAUGAAGCUUAUCUGAGUCAAUUCAUGCUUCAUACACAUAAUUUACAGUUACAUUAUUAUUAUAUUGAAAUUGAACAUACAUCUAAAGAACAUGCACAGUAAAAUGUUUCUAUAUUAUAUAUUGUUGAUCUGUGGUGUGACGUUGCCUUCUGUUUGUUGCAGAACAUUGAAUUGAAGGUAGAGGUGGAGAGCUUGAAGCAGGAGCUCCAGGAGAAACAGGAGAUUCUGGACAAGGCCCUGUGAGUACACUACCAUGUCUUAUAUUGUCAAAGUGUCCUUGCACAGACUGAUACUAGAAUACAGCCUCCUCACUUCACAGUUGAUCUCUAUAUUCAGACUAAGGUCUCAUUACCCCCCCUGUACUGUCCAGUCUGGUCCUAAAAUAGAUUCCUGCUGUUCACCCUGCAGACUACAGCUGCCCUCAGGGCAUGUGGGUCCUUCUCGCUAAACCUAACCCUAACCCUGUCUCUGCCAUGUAGACUCACCUAACACAACAGUUCUAAAGCCCUGUGGAAUGGUGGGAGUGGUGAGCUCUAAAGGGCUUUUGAAGAGUAUGAAGUGGCUCUGUGGAUAGUACACUCCUAGAAAAAAAUAUUCCAAAAGGGUUCUUCAGGUGUCCCCAUAGGAGAACCCUCUUUGGUUCCAGGUAGAACCCUUUUUGGUUCCAGGUAGAACCCUUUUGGGAUCCAUGUAGAACCCUCUGUGGAAGGGUUCUACAUAUAACUAAAAGGGUUCUAUCUGGACCAAAAGGGUUCUACCUGGAACCAAAAAAAUUUAUUUAAAGGGUUCUCCUAUGGAGACAGCCAAAGAACCCUUUUAGGUUCUAGAUAGCACUAAAGAUAAAAGGAUGGGGGAGAGGGAGAGAUGGAGUAAGAGGGUAAUAGGCAGAGAAGGGGGGUAGCCUCUGGAUUGUUUUGCUGAGCCAGGGACUAUUUGAGCCACAGCACCUGCCCAUAGAUAGAGCAGCUGUCUCAGUGUCUCUCAGUGUUAGAGAUAUAACAUGCACCCCCUUUACAGACCCUCUGUACAGUAUACCAGGGGUCGACAACAGGCUGCAAGUGAUUUGGCCACCCAACUUUUUUUUGGGGGGGGGGGGUUAGUUUGUGGUAAAAAUGACUGUCAAAUCACCAGGAAUUCAGCUAAAAAUAAGUUUAAUUUAGGAAAUCUGCUCCCAAGUAUUCCCACAAAUAAAAAAGACGUGAUUCUCUCAAUGUAAUCAAGGUACAGAUGUAGGAUCUUAAUUUGAUCACUAUUUUGUUGCUGAGUAUGAAAUGCAAACUUGUAGUGUAUUCAAGGUUUAAAAAUGCUUCUAAUUUCCACUUUAAAAUGUCAGACUUGAUUUGCCCUAACGAAAAAUGUAUCAACCUAUACAAAAAAUGUCCAUUAAUUAUAAUCCACAUAAUAUUUAACAGUGCAUUCAGAAAGUAUUCAGACCCCUUGACUUUUUUCACAUUUUGUUAUGUUACAUCCUUAUUAUAAAAUAGAUUCAAUAAAGAAAUAUCCUCAUCAAUCUACACACAAUACCCCCUAAUGACGAAGUGAAAACAGGUUUUUGAGCUUUUUUUGCACAUUUAUUAUAAAUAAAAAACUGAAUUACCUUAUUUACAUAAGUAUUCAGACCCUUUGCUAUGAGACUCGAAAUUGAGCUCAGGUGCAUCCUGUUUCCAUUGAUUAUCCUUGAGAUGUUUCUACAACUUGAUUGGAGUCCACCUGUGGUAAAUUAUUUGGAAAGGCACACACCUGUCUAUAUAAGGUCCCAUUUGACAGUGCAUGUCAGAGCAAAAACCAAGCAUUGAGGUCGAAGGAAUUGUCCGUAGAGCUCCGAGACAGGAUUGUGUCGAGGCACAGAUCUGGGGAAGGGUACCAAAAAAUGUGUGCAGCAUUGAAGGUCCCAAAGAACACAGUGGCCUCCAUCAUUCUUAAAUGGAAGAAGUUUGGAACCACCAAGACUCUUCCUAGAGCUGGCUGCCCGGCCAAACUGAACAAUCGGGGGAGAAGGGCCUUGUUCAGGGAGGUGACUAAGAACCUGUUGGUCACUCUGACAGAGCUCUAGAGUUCCUCUGUGGAGAUGGGAGAUCCUUCCAGAAGGAAAACCAUCUCUGCAGCACUCCGCCAAUCAGGCCUUUAUGGUAGAGUGGCCAGACAGAAGCCACUCCUCAGUAAAAGGCACAUGACAGCCCUCUUGGUGUUUGCCAAAAGUUACCUAAAGGACUCUCAGACCAUGAGAAACAAGAUUCUCUGGUCUUAUCAAACCAAUAUUGAACACUUUGGCCUGAAUACCAAGCCUCAUGUCUGGAGGAAACCUGGCACCAUCCCUACGGUGAAUCAUGGUGGUGGCAGCAUCAUGCUGUGGGGAUGUUUUUCAGCGGCAGGGACUUGAACGGAGCAAAGUACAGAGAGAUCCUUAAUGAAAACCUGCUCCAGAGCGCUCAGGACCUCAGUCUGGGGCGAAGGUUCACCUUCCAACAGGACAAUGACCCUAAGCACACAGCCAAGACAACGCAGGAGUGGCUUCGGGACAAGUCUCUGAAUGUUCUUGUGUGGCCCAGCCAGAGCCUGGGCUUGAACCCGAUCGAACAUCUCUGGAGAGACCUGAAAAAAGCUGUGCAGAGACGCUCCCCAUCCAACCUGACAGAACUUGAGAGGAUCUGCAGAGAAGAAUGGGAGAAACUCCCCAAAUACAGGUGUGCCAAGCUUGUAGCGUCAUACCCAAGAAGAUGUCUGUAAUCGCUGCCAAAGGUGCUUCAACAAAGUAAUGAGUAAAGGGUCUGAAUACUUAUGUAAAUGUUAUAUUUCAGUUUUUUGUUUUUAAUACAUUUGCAAACAUUUCUAAAAACCUGUUUUUGCUUUGUUAUUAUAGGGAAUUGCGUGUUAAUUGAUGAGGAAAAAAACAAUUUAAUGCAUUUUAGAAUAAGGCUGUAACGUAACAAAAUGUGGGAAAAAUCAAGGGGUCUGAAUACUUUCCGAAUGCACUGUACAUUUCCUGUUGCUGCAGGAUUAUUUUCCUGCUGUAGCAAACUGGCUGAAAUUAAGGCUUAGUUGUGGUCAAUUUGCAGUGUAUAAAUUAUUAUAAUUAUGUUGGGCCCUGACCAUCCGCCAUCCGACAAAAAUCAGCCCUAGUUACGAUAACAGCAACUGCAAAAUGAGUAAAAUCAAAUCAAAUCAAAUCAAAUUGUAUUUGUCACAUACACGUUUAGCAGUUGUUAUAGCGGGUGUAGCGAAAUGCUUGUGCUUCUCCGACAGUGCAGUAAUAUCUAACAAGUAAUAUCUAACAAUUUCACAACAUAUACCUAAUACACACAAAACUAGUAAGGAAUGGAAUUUAAGAAAAUAUACAUAUAUGGACAAGCAAUGACAGAGCGGCAUGGACUAAGAUACACUAGAAUAUUAUAGAAUAGAAUGCAGUAUAUACAAAUGAGAUGAGUAGUGCAAGAUAUGUAAACAUUAUUAAAGUGACUGUAAACAUUAUUAAAGUGACUAGUGUUCCAUUUCUUAAAGUGGCUGUGAUUUCAAUAGGCAGCAGCAGCCUCUAAUGUAAAUGUAAAAUGUACUUUUGUUUAUUGUUCUCAAGAAUAAUAAUGUAACACGACUUGACACAAGAAUAAUAAUGUAACACAAGUAUCUAUGUAGGACCUUAAUUUGAGCCAGUUUGCUACAGCAGGAAAAUAAUCCUGCAGCAUCAGGAAAUGUGAAUUAUUAUGUAGGAAUUAUAAUUAAUGGACAUUUUUGUAGGGGUUGAUACAUUUUUCGUAAGGGAACACCAAGUCUGACAUUUCAAAGUGUCAAUUACAAACUUCAGAAGCCUUUUAAACCUCAAAUACACUACAAGUUUUACAUUUCCUGUAAUGCAGGAAAGUUCUCUUGCAACAGGGUGAUCAAAUUAAGAUCCUACAUCUGUACCAAUCAGCACCUUAUUUGAUACAUGAAUCAGCCUGUGAACAAAUCAUUAUGUGAAUUAAUCAGCACUGUAUACAGAGAAAUAAUUACUUAAUAAAUCAGUUAAGUGCUUUGUCAAGACACUUUAGCCCUGAAGGAGUAUGGGUACAGGGUCAGUCCCUCUAGCCCUCCUCAAUUCUAGUUGACCUGUUGCGGUUCAAGAAGGGUGCCAGGGCCAAGUGGUGCUCUCCCUGAUUCAUAAAUAAACAGAGGUUAGCUCUGUGAUUGUAAUUAUAGCUCUAAAAAGACUAUGACAUAUAGAGCCACAGUGGAAAAGCAGUUAGAGCAACACUCUCUUGAGAGAAGCAGCCCUGGGCUAACUCUUAUGGUACUGUUAGGUGGUGAGUGAGGAGCAGUGAUGGACACUGGCUGGAAAAGUGAGAACUGUCAGAGGACCACAACACAUGAAAGAGAAAUGAUCAUCUGUUGCCUAGUUAGAUGUAGAGAGCAGGGACCAAGCCUCAGUCCAUGGGUUACUGUUUAUCAUACACUAUCACUCUCCAGGGAGAAAGCUUGCUAGCUUUUAAACUUUGGAAUAGUAGAUACAUAGACUACAGCAAACGAUUAACCCUGUAGUACAACAGUUAAAACAUCUACAGAAACAUGUAUCGUGUUUUAUUUACUUAUGUUUUGUAAAUAGAGGUACAGGAUGUGAUAUUCUCAUUCUACACUGUAUCUUACUAAGCCUUAUCGCCGUGUUCAUGUGCUCUGAUAGGACGACGGUGGAGAGCCUGACCAAUCAGAAUGAGGAGGAGCUGCAGCGUCUCUGUGAGGAGCGGCAGCAGGAGAUCAGCCACAUUCAGGAGAUCCUCGAGACCAAGGUCGAGCUGCUGCAGGAGGUACACGCACGCACACACACACAUAUACACACACACACACACUCACACACACACACACACACUAAUGCUGGAGGUCACACAGAUCUGACAGAAACUAGUAUUAUUCCAAUGUUGAUGAUUCCGAUACACUUUGUUACUGUGCUCAGUUUCAAAUGCUGUGGUUACAUUUGGAACAUUCACUGACACUCCUGAUGCAUUGUGUUGUCAGGAGGCCCAGUUAGCGCGGGGCGAGGCUGAGAAGAUGGCCUCUCUGGCAGAGGCUGAGUCCCAGCGCUGCCUGGCCCUGGAGAGAGAGAUGAAGAUGGAGGAGGAAGAGGAGGAGUGUGAGGGAGGGUCACUAGGAUCCAGGCUGCAGCAGGAGGCCCUGGCAGAGAAGGACAGGUGAGCGGGAGGACUGGUGUCGAUUGAGGUGUGACUGGCAUGUCAGUGUGUUGUUUCUCUCAGAGAAUGUGUGAAUUUAAUGCCAGAUCAGGGUUUAUUGCCAGGUCAGGGUUCCAUGGCCGCAGGCGGAACAGCAGAAACUGGGUCCGCAGCACGACCAGGUGGACUAGGGACAGCCAGGGGUCGUCAGGCCAGGUAGUCCUCCGGGAGGGGAGAGAGAGAUGGAGAAUUAGAGGGAGCAUAUCUAAGAUCACACAGGACACCAGAUAUAACAGACUGACCCUAGCCCCCCGGCACAUAGACUAUUGCAGCAUGGAGACAGGAGACUGAGACGGGGGAUCGGGGGACACUGUGGCCCUGUCCAAAGUUACCCCCGGACAGGGACAACCAGGCAGGAUAUAACCCCACCCACUUUGGCUAAGCACAGCCCCCACACCACUAAAGGCAUAUCAACAGGCCGCUAACUUACUACCCUGAGACAAGGCCGAGUAUAGCCCACGAAGAUCUUCCCGCCGCGCGAGCCCGAGGACAGGAAGGAUGGAAGAGUGCGAGCAGGCCAGUGACUCAGCCCCCGUAAUAGGGUCAGAGGCAGAGAAUCACACUGAUAAAAUUGACAGGGAAACAGUGCCAGAGUCGUGCCCUACGUACAUACUGUCCUCUACUGAAAGAGUGGCAUGGGGUCACAGAUAUCAGUCCAAGAGGUGUUGCAGAGCUUGUUUCAUUAGGAAUUUCAGCCCAACAGUCAUAAAACAUACAAGCCUUGUUUGUCACAAUUUUAGUGGUUAAAAUUCAGUCAGGCCUAUACUUUCCUCUCUCUCUCUCUCUCUCUCUCUCUCUCUCUCUCUCUCUCUCUCUCUCUCUCUCUCUCUCUCUCUCUCUCUCUCUCUCUCUCUCUCUCUCCAUCUCUCUCUAUCUCUCUCUCUCUCUCUCUAUCUCUCUCUCUCUCUCUCGCUCUCUCGCUCUCAAUUCAAUUCAAAGGGCUUUAUUGGCAUGGGAAACAUAUGUUUACGUUGCCAAAGCAAGUGAAAUGGAUAAUAAAGAAAAGUGAAAUAAAGAAUCAAAAAGGAACAGUAAACAUUACACUCACAACAUUUUCGAAAGAAUAGAGACAUUUCAAAUGUUAUAUUAUGGCUAUAUACAGCGUAGUAACAAUGUGCAAAUAGUUGAGUACAAAAGGGAAAAUAAAUCAACAUAUAAAUAUGGGUUGUAUUUACAAUGGUGUUUGUGCUUCACUGGUUGCCCUUUUCUUGUGGCAACAGGUCACAGAUCUUGCUGCUGUCUCUCUCUCUCUUUCUCUGCCUCUCUCACUUUCUCUCUCGCUCUCCCUAACUCUCUCACUCUCCCUAUCUCUCUCUCUCAGAGUAAUAGAGAAGCUGACUGUGGAGAGGAGGUCGCUGAGCCACCGGGUCGGAGAGCUAGAGGUCAGAGUUCACGACCUCUCCUCUUCCCUCCAGAAGAAAGACAGGGAUGCAGAGGUAUUCACUCAAGUAUAAUAAUUACUACAGUCAGAAACAGAUUCUACGCACACCUUCUCACAAAUCAUAACCUGUCCACAUAUAUGACACCGGGUGACAUUUGGUUUUAUGACUGGAGGCCUAGUACUGGUUCUGAUAUUUGAUUGGGCACGCGAGGGCCAACUGUACUGUACUCACAGCUAGCUACUGACAUAUGGGUAAGUCACGCUCUUCACAGGUUAGCCAUACAUCUCCUGCCCUCCGUCCUGCCCUUCCCUCCCCUCCCUGUCCCCCAUCCCAAGGGUAUGAAGGGCUGAACCCAGAUGGUCCGGGUGGUUGAGAUACCGUUACCAUAUCUGUCCUGUAUUUAUAAACAUGUUGUAUGUACAGUAGGUCAGUGGAACCCUGGCACCUGAUCCUAUGCUAGGCUAACACACCUCAGCGCCACCGUGAUGAGGAAAAACACAGAUGGCUUUUAUGAGUUAUAUGCAGCAGGACUCACAUGAGUGCCUCCAUGUCUAUUUUUGAUCCUAGACUGUAGUUGGUUCAACGGUACCUCUUAAGGGGUAGUGGAAAUCUAUAAUAUCCUGGCUCAGAAAAUGUAACCCUUUUCACAAUAUUUCAUGCCGUCAUGCAAUCCUGUCAUUCAUAUAUUUGUUUUAACAGUUUUCUGAGGAACAAGAGAUUGGGUUCAUUAUGAGUUUCUACAUUUUUUUAUUGUUACUUAUUUACCACCCUUAUUGUCUUCUGCCCACAGUUGCUGCGGGGUGAAAUGGGUCGAGAGAAGAGGCGUAUCCAGCCAGAGAUGC